AUGCCUUCUAGAACGACCUUGAUUCUUGGGGUUGCGGCCUCUGUCUCCCUGGUUGCAGCUGCCCCUUGCGACAUCUACGCUUCUGGCGGUACCCCUUGUGUCGCUGCUCACGCUCUCACUCGUGCUCUCUAUGACAAUUACGAUGGCGCUCUCUACCAAGUCACACGUAACUCGGAUGGCUCAACCAUGGAUAUCUAUCCUCUAGAGGCUGGAGGUGUCGCAAAUGCUGCUUCACAGGACGACUUCUGCGCCAGCACGACCUGCGUCAUCAGUCUCCUCUAUGACCAAUCUGGCAACAACAACGUCCUCUCUCGAGCCCCUCCUGGAGCUUUCGAUGGUCCUUAUACUAAUGGUUACGAUGACCUGGCGAGUGCUAUCGGAGCACCAGUGACUCUGAAUGGUCAAAAGGCUUACGGCAUCUUCUCUUCACCUGGAACUGGUUAUCGCAACGACCAGACAACCAAUAUCCCAACAGGUGGUGAUCCUCAAGGUAUCUAUGCAAUCAUGGAUGCGAACCACUUCAACGACAACUGCUGCUUCGACUACGGCAAUGCCGAGACCAGCAAUACUAACACUGGUAACGGCCACAUGGAAGCUGUCUAUCUCGGCAACUGUAGCAUUUGGGGUACCGGUACUGGCGAAGGUCCUUGGUUCAUGGGCGACCUCGAAAAUGGUCUCUUCUCCGAGCAAUAUCUUGCCGAAAAUACGGACAACCCUACACAAACCGAGCCUUUCGUCACCGGUAUGGUUAAGGGAAUGACGGAUCAAUGGGCCAUCCGUGGCGGUAACGCUCAAUCUGGAGGUCUGACCACGUACUGGAACGGUGCGUUCGAUCCAAACGGCUACAAUCCCAUGUCCAAGGAAGGUGCCAUUGUCCUUGGAAUCGGUGGCGACAACAGUAACGGAGCUCAGGGUACUUUCUAUGAGGGUGUCAUGACCAGUGGAUAUCCCUCUGAUGAUACCGAGAACCAAGUGCAGGCCAACAUUGUGGCUGCGGGCUAUGCAUCAGUGGACCUCAACACCGCACCUUUGACAGUCGGCUCGACCAUCACCAUUCGCGCGACCACCCCAGGCUAUGACACUCGCUACUUUUCUCACAAUGGCACCAAGAUUGUCACCGAAGUGACCACGACUGCCAACUCGACUGCUGAACAGCAGACCGCUGAGUGGGUUGUUCGCGACGGUCUGGGCUUCAGCGGGUGCUACAGCUUCGAAUCUGUCGAUCAACCAGGCAAUUUCAUUCGCCACUACGGCUUCGAGCUAUACCUUGAGAGUGGAAACGAGAAGCAGUUCUUUGAGGAUGCUACUUUCUGCUCCUUGACUGGUCUCCAAGGACAGAACACAAACUCGAUUCGCUCUUGGAGUUACCCUACCCGUUUCUUCCGCCACUAUGCAGACGUUGGUUACAUUGCAACCGAGGGUGGUGUUCAGUUCUUCGAUGCUACUGGUAAUUACAACUAUGACACCAGCUUCGUGGUCAGUGAUGGCUUCCUCAGUGGCUAG